AUGCUGCCCUUUGCCGGGGCGCUCCUGCUGGCAUCGCCGGUGGAGCUCCGCGCCAGCAGCAAGGCAGCAGCGCCAGCGGUGGCGCCAGGCAGCGGCCCAGCCGGCGCCGGCAAGGCGCUGGCGGCGUUUCUGGCCGACUGCCGCGAGCUGGCUGCAAGCCGCGUGUGCAUUUCCACGAUGCUGGCUCUGGCAGCUUAUAAUGGCAGCCUGGGCUGCUACGCCUUUUUUGGCCCAAAGGCCGCCCGCGCAAUUUUCGACCUGCCAUCCGAGACGGCCGACCUCCUGUUUGGUGGCAUCACGGUUUUGACAGGCGUGCUGGGCACGCUGUGUGGCGGCCUGGCCCUGGACUCCAUGGGAGCCUCAGUCCGCAACGCGCUGCUACUGUGCACAGGCGGCGUGGGCUGCGGCUGCGUGCUGGUCAUGGCAGGGUUUGGUGCAGCCAAGACCAUGCCGUGGUUUGGCCCAGUUUUUGCGGGCGGCGAGCUUGCCAUGUUCCUCAUGGCAGCGCCGGUGAAUGCCGUGCUGAUGUGGAGCGUGCCGCGUCCCGAGCUGCGCCCAUUUGCGCUGUCGGCCGCGGAGUUUGUCCAGCAUGCCUUAGGCGACAUUCCGUCACCACCUGCACUGGGCUGGCUGCAGAGCAAGCUCAACAACUGGCGGUUGAGCAUGUGCAUCUGCACCUGCCUGCUGGUGGUGUCUACUGUUCUUUUUGCACUGGCUCUCUGCCAGUCUGGCAGGGAAGCCAGGUUUCGAGAGGUGCUGGAAGUGGAGGGAGGCGGGCUGGUGGAUGGCGAGGAAGGGGAGGAAGCGGAGCAGCGGCAUGCUGCUGGUCGGACAGCAGGAGGGGCAGGCGAAGCAGCAGAUGGCAGCCCUGAGGCCGCCGACCUGGAGCAGCCCCUGCUGAAUGCAGCAUGA